CUCCUUGUCCACAUCACAGACUCGAUAACAAAACCAACCACCUUUCACAUUCCAUUCAGUCACUUGAGUGAUGUGUUCAUGGGUAAGCUUGCCUCACCUACCAUGAUAAAGGUGCAGCCCUGUCAUUGCUUGCUGAACCCACUGCUGGGGGAAGGGUCUACACCAGAGCGUGAGAGCUUUAUAAGUCGUGUGUUUUUUUUUACAAUACUUUGCCACACCACCACCACUCUCCGAUGCAGUAAUUAUGUGAUUUAAAAAGAUUACCGUUACAGUUGACAUGGUAAUUACAACAUUAUGGUAAUUAAAUGUAAUUGCCUACGUUUGUUACUGAAUUACAUCUUAAAGUGAAGAGCCAAGACCACUUGACUGAAAUCUGUAAAAAUAAAGAAAUCUGUAACAUUCCCAGAAUACAUCUGGAGGAAAUUGUUUAAAUGUAACACACAAAAAAUUUGUUUUACAGACACAAGCAACCCGCACAUUCUUUGGACGUGACCGUCCAUCCCACCCAGCCAGCAAAACUUUUAAACUUAUACAAAACCAUGUGUCUCUUCCACCUUUCUCGUGGCUUCUCUGUACUCUCGCAAUUUGACUCUGUGUCUAUCUGUUUUUCGGUUCCUCUGUGCACGGUGAUGUCACCACCGCACACGUCAACUUUGGAGCAUGGCACCUAGAUCACCGGGUUAUCCAGCCUGAACAAUUCUUUUCUAAUGCAGUAUGAGCAUGAUUAUUCUGGAAACAAAAAUAUUCGUACUGUGGGUUCUUAUUUAAGAAUGCAUGAUCAUGUUGUGCUGAGUCAUCUAGAUGAGUAUCAUGGGCUCCUUGAGUUACUGCUACCGGUUAAUGAUUCAGCACUGCCCGGUGAAACUUGGAGGCCUCUCAUUCUUUCCAUUACAUUAAUCAUGGCCCUCUUAGCCGAACCCCUGUGAGGCAGUGCCUUAACUUACGUCCCCUGAACCUUGUACUGUUUCUAAACCCUUGUACUGUUUCUAAACCCUUGUACUGUUUCUAAACCCUUGUACUGUUUCUAAACCCUUGUACUAUUUCUAAACCCUUGUACUGUUUCUAAACCCUUGUACUGUUUCUAAACCCUUGUACUGUUUCUAAAGCCUUGUACUGUUUCUAAACCCUUGUACUGUUUCUAAACCCUUGUACUGUUUCUAAACCCUUGUACUGUUUCUAAACCCUUGUACUGUUUCUAAACCCUCAUUGUAUCUUUCUCUGUAUGACUCUCACAACCAUCCGACAGACCUGAGAAAGGUUUUUAGGCAUUUGCGUAACCAGUCGUGGGUCAACAUUAACCAUUUAGUUUCGAUUAUAAACAUUCUACAACUCGUAAAGGUGAUAUUUACGUCGAGGUGUCACAUUUAUUGCUAUAAAAUCUGCUCUUAGAAGGGUAAUUUGCGCUACUACUAGCCAUACGCUCAUGCACACUGCUCACUGUGGCAGUUCCCAAGGGAGGUUUCUUGACAUGAUGCCGAUGUGUAUAUAUAUGUUGAACUUCUCUCCUUCCCCGUGCCUCCGAUUAGCAGGAUUGGCAACGUACGGUGUGAAAGAAGUUCAAUAUUAUUCACGCAUACAGACCAUUUGUGAGAAAUGCCAUGAAUGAUUGGCCACUCCCCUUUGCCAAUUUCUCUGCACUUUCCUUUGCGCCGACCUCGGCACCAGUGUGAUGUCGUUUUUGCCGUGGUGCUGCAGUCACCCCGCCGCACAGCUCCCCGUCACUUCGCCCGCUCGCACGGCACGGCACCCCGGCACACUGCCCUCCACUGCGGCGGCGUCUCCCCCAGCCGUGCAGUUCAAGGUUUCACCAUCACCAUUGGCCGAUACACGACAGCUGUUUAAGACCUGCCUGACUUCCCUGCGUGUUGAGCAGCAGCAGGCAAUGCAGCCGAGGGAGCAGGGUCACACCGAGAGGCAGGAUCCACACCACAGCCGAUCAGCUACGGAGCUCGGAAGCAGUAAUGGAUCUCUGCGGCACAACCACACCAGCAGCCACCACAGCGGCAGUUGCAGCAGCAGAGACGAAGUUGGGAGCGUUGGAGACCGUGUCGAGCGAGGCGGCUUAACUGGGCUUAAGGGUGGGAGAAAAAGGGACCUCAGAGCCAGGCUAGGGCCAAACGGAAACCACAGGCACGCGGACAGCAGAUAUACAGGUGAGAACCCCAGAAUGGAUUUCAGAAGGUACAGUGGAAGCCCUGAUGGCCGAGAUGACACCGUUUUUGUUGGAAUAAGCCACGGUGAAGACAAGAGGAGUUGGUCAUCGUCGUGUGUUUGGCGACACAAGAGUUCGAAAUCUAAUCAUUUGGAGAGGAGGCAGGAGGGAAAUCAUCCUCGAAGCCAUGAUUCCAAAUAUCGGCAGCGAAGAUCAGAGCCAGGUUACUCUCCUGGUUUUGAUUCUGAAUGUCGGCAGGGAAGAUCAGAGCGAGAUUACUCUCCAAGUCCGUAUGCUAAAUAUCGGCAAGGAAGAUCACAGCGAAGUUACUCUCCUGGUCUUGAUUCUGAAUGUCGACAGAGAAGACCAGAGCGAGGUUAUUCUCCUAGUCUUGAUUCUGAAUGUCGAUUGGGACGGUCACAGAGAGAUUAUUCUUCAAGUUCAGAUGAAAAGUAUCUGCAAGGAAGACCAGAAAGUGGUUAUUCCCCGCAUUCUGAUGCCAGGUAUCAGGUGAGAAAAACGGAUGAAGCAUAUUUUAGGAGUCCGGAAGAUACAUUUCGGGCGCAGAGUCUGGCAGUUCGUUUGCGCUCCACGCAUCCCGAUGCCAAUCUCCGUCAGGAAAUUUCACAGGAAGUCUAUUCUAAAAACGUGGAAGACACGUGUAGCCCAUCAUGGACUGAGGAAAUGCCUUCGCAGAGCUACAGUGACCGCUUGGAGGAUUCCGAUAGAAUAAAUCUUGUUUCUCAGAAUAGUUUGAAUCGAGGCAAUGGAAGAGUCAAUUCCCAAUCUCAUCUGACUGCCAUAAGCAAGAGGAGGAAUGACGAAAGAGGUCCUGUUUAUGAUUAUGAUGAUGAUGACAGGAGGCUCUACGGCCACAAAAGGAGCUCUCGCGUUAUGUUUGAUCAAGAAGAUGAAUACGACAAUAGCCGUAAGAUUGACGCUGAACGCUGGGAAGCAUAUCACACCGACCUGGUUGAACGCAGCCUUGAAGAAAGCUGUCGAGAAGGACUGAACGUGCCGAGACGGAGCGAGAGCAGGUACCUCACAAAGCGAACGGCGUUCAAGUCGGCCAGGCAGUAUGAAUCAGAUGAUGGCACGAGUCUCAAGAUUACCACGGUGUUUAAUUCUAGGUAUUAGCUGCACAUUUUUGUCAGAGUCCAGAAUAAUUUGUCGACACGCCAUGGACAACAUGUGUCGUGAGCUGACAUGCUACACGGGUGUAGAUGUUCCAUUGGAAAUGUUCUUGUUACCUACAGCAUAAUUUAGUAAUGGUUGCAUUCAUGCUGCAGGUGAAUCAAUGUCACAUAUUUACACUACAGUGAGGGAAAAAAGUAUUUGAUCCCCUGCUGAUUUUGUACGUUUGCCCACUGACAAAGAAAUGAUCAGUCUAUGAUUUUAAUGGUAGGUUUAUUUGAAUAGUGAGAGACAGAA